AUGACGACAAGCAACCCCGAUGCCGGCGGCGUAAAAGGAUUGCGGUUCUGCAAAGAGAAGACCGGAUCGUAUGCAAAUAUCGGUGCAACCGACGUUGAAUUCCAUAAUUUUAAACGAGACGUCCAAACGUACGUUGAUGUAGCUGAUGGCGAGAUGAUUAUUGCAACAUUCAAGGCAAAGCACGAAGCUUGUAGUGACUUCUUCUUUGAAUACGAUCUGGAUGAAGAGCACCGGGUAUCACGACUAUUCUGGGCUGACCCCCUCAGUAGGCGGAAAUUUUCUUGCUAUGGUGACAACAUUUCUUUCGAUGCAACCUAUGGCACGAACAGGUACAGCAUGGUGUUUGUGCCGUUCACUGGUGUGGACAACCACAAACGAUGCAUCACUUUCGGGGCCGGUCUGUUGAUUAAAGAAGAUGCUGACUCAUACAGCUGGUUGUUGGAGCAAUUUAUAUGUGCAAUGGGCAAGAGGCCAGUGUGUGUUGUGACCGACCAAGACCCCGCUAUGCGAAUUGCUAUCGAACGAGUAUUACCAGAAUGCCAUCAUCGCUACUGUAUGUGGCACAUCAUGACAAAGGUUAAUGAAAAGCUCGUCAGUGAGUUAGCUAAGGACAAUGAGUUCCGCAAGAAACUAAAUGCUAUCAUUUGGAACGAGACAAUCGACCGUGUGGAGUUUGAGGCCCAAUGGCAACUACUAAUGGAUGAAUACAAUCUAUCCACCUACCGAUGGUUUUGCAAAAUUUUGGUAGAGUUCUACAUGCAAUUCGAGAGCGUGUUGAGAACACAGCGCUACCGGCAAGAUAAAUUGAACGCACAAUGCGAGGGAUACCUGCCAGAGUUUAAAACACCUUUAGCACUCGAGCGACAUAUUGCACAGCUGUUCAUGAUCACUAUUUUUUACGAGUUACAGAAAGAAAUAGAAGCUGCUUGUUUUUAUUGUUCUGUGGUCGGUGUACGACAAGACGGGAACAGCACUUAUUACGACAUUGAUGGUGAGUGCGCCAUUAUUUCGACCGUGCACUACAAGGGUCUUACCGCUAAAUUUGCUAGUGACGGUAUAUCUGUGAACCCGGUUAAGGGUAACCGUGCUGCAAUCCAGGCAUUAUGUGGCGUGGAGCCACCACAAUCCAUAACAAUCCAAGCCCCUGCCCUAAGCAGAAAACAAAGGCACCGGGAAGCGCAUUAA